GACGAUUGAAUUACAAAAUGUGAGUUUAUAUAUACGUUUUAAGACAUAUUUCCACACAAAUUCUUAACAAAACGAUAGCAAUAUAGUUUCUAUUUGAUUUAUGAUGCAUACUUUUACUUUUCAAUAUCGUAUAUUAAUAAAUUUAAGAAAACAAAUUUAUUCGUCGCGAAAAAAAUUAUAGUUGAUACGAACUGUCAAACUUUAUUCGCGUUCCACAUUAUCCACACUUGCAACGAAUAAAAUAAUCGCUCGUACUUAACCUAAAAUAAUCAUUCUUGUUUUGGUUUCGAUGGUGAAUGGUGUUCGGCUGUGGCUUCUUGAAAAAAAUAUGGAUAAAAAGGAGUUUGAUGAAAGGUUAAUUUUAGAAGUGGAGGCCAAUCCAGUGCUUUACAAUAAAGCCGACCCUUUCUAUUCCGAUAGAAAUAAGAAGGAACAAAUUUGGAAAUACAUCGGAUAUGUUUUGAAUGCAGAUGUAACAACGUGCAAAGAUAGAUGGAAGAAUUUGAGAGAUACAUUCUCAAAAUAUUAUAAAAAAGAAAAAAAUGUGCCGAGUGGGUCGCAGGCAUAUUCUAAGAAGCCAUGGCCGUAUUUCGAAAUCAUGAAGUUUUUAGUUCCGAACAUCGAAGUGCCAAGAACUGUCGGGAAUAUGGCACGAGGAAAAGAAAACUCUUUCCAAUUGCAGGAUGAUACCGAGAACUCAUUCCCUACGGUUUCGUGCUGGACUUCGGAAACACCAUCACCACCAGCAAGAAAGAGAAAAAGGGAGUCUGAUACGGAAAAGGUUUUGGCGGCAUUGACUCAAAUUAAUGAGCCAGAGUCAACUCCGCUGGAGAAAUUUUUUUUGUCACUCGCACAACGUGCCAGUUCUUGGACCCGGCGGAAGCAGUCAAAACUUGAGGCGCAGACAUUGAAUGUCUUUCAUCAAAUUGAAUUUGAAGACGACUAAAAUGUUUAAUGUUUUGUGAAGUGUACAUUUUUUUAGUGCAGGAAGCAUAUUUUUAUUUCUAUUUAUUUUUAUUUCAAAUUAGUUGUAAGUUUUUUUUAAAAUAUGAAGACUGAAAUUUUAAAUGUGAUUUUAUUUUACUUUUGCUUGUUUUUUUUUAUUAGUUUUUAGUUUUAUGAAAUGUACAUUUUUUGUUAGUGCAGGAAGCAUAUUUUUAUUUCUGUUUAUUUUUAUUUGAAAUUAGUCCUAAGCUUUAUUUAAAUUAUGGAGUAUAUUUUUUAUUUAUGUUUUGUAAAUAUAGAAUAGGCACAAGUUAAUUAAAUUAAAACUAAACUAAAACUAAAACUUUAAACUAAUAUUGUUUCAUUAAAUCAUAUCGUAUUGAAAGCUAACACUUCCUUCCUCCAAGCACCAGUUAGCAAACUUUCCUCGAACAUCAUAUCCUGAAGCCAGUGUUGACGUUAAAAUCGAAUCUUCUGAAUCUUGGAUAGGAUUUUCUUGUUCAAACAUAUUUCUAUGGUUUUUUUGUCUGAGAAAAUUGUGGAGGA